AUGGACCCUAAGCGAUGUCCUACCAUCGUUGCGGUAGUAUUCUUACUGUCCUUUUCUGCAACCGCCAGAGACCUCCGCCAAGCUCAACCGCAAAACAACCAUACUGAGAUUCCCCGAAGAUCCUUAGUAGGUUGCAAAAACACGGCCGCUGAGCUAUACCCUCUCGUUGGACACUCCAGGUCCAACAGCUCCCAGAACAACUGGAUGGAUGGCGCAGAGCCUCCUAUUUGCAUGGAAGAGAAGGCAGAAGAAGCAUGCAAAGCCUUUUCCACUCGCUGGUUUGAUUCCGUGCUGGAUACGAAAAAAUUGUCCUCCGAAAUUAAAGCCAACCUGUCUUUGGGUGAUACCGACCUGGUCCUAGAUCGAUCGAAAUUUUGCACCGCUUCCUUUACAGACAUCCACAAUUCUUGUGAGAGCAGCUGUUCAGAACUCGAGGAAAAUAACGACCUUCUUCAAUGGGUCAAUCGGACAUGCACUAGAUAUUGUGGGUUUGGCAUGCCAGUGGACUGGAAGAACAGCCUGGCUAUUACCAAGAUUAAGGACGAUAAGAACGAUUCAACGGUUCAAAGCUUCUUCUGGCCAACUUGCCUGGAUGCAAGUCCAUGGAUGUCAUUUCUCAACUCAGCAGUGACUAAUUGCACACGAAAUUGGAUACCAGGCUGCCCGGGCAGUGCGUUCGGAUGCUAUACUUCUUUUGGAAUCGACAUGGAAUGCUUAUGCCGGCCUCCAGGCAUGAAUCAGAAUCUCUUUGACCCACGGCAGCUUGUCCUUCGAGACAACAGCAUUGGCCCAUGGGAGAGAUCGGCGCUGGGGGACUGGGUACAGGCAACCUGUGAGCACUACGGUGGAAGUGACAUCUUGUCUACUGAAUGGAAAGAGCAACUUGGCAUCCAAUACUUCAAUGUCACACCAUUCAGAUGGGAGCUGCGACCGGGCACUCAGAAAACCGAUCUAUGCAGUGGAAGUUACUAUACCGUUCCGAAGCCAGGCUAUCAAUGCCCGUCCGCAUCCAAGAAGUUGGGGGCUUUCGCAAUCAACAACGUCAUAGUUGCACUACUAGUUCCCCUUUUUGGGCGACGUACAGUGCUCAAGAAAAUUACCUGCAGUUUCUUCGGCAACCCUCAUUCGCGUGGGUUUCUUUUCACUGCACCCAUAAUGAUCAUCCUCAACAUUGCUAGUAACUUGAUCAACGCUGUUCUUGUUCGCAGAGUUCCAGGGUACUCUGACACGAAUACCAGGGAACUGUUCCUAUUGUGGUGUUCGCGGCCCCGGUUUGCCUGGUCCAUAAUUCUCGCUCUUCCAUUUCAAGCAGAAAAGCAGAUGUACUUUAGCUGCGUUGCCUCUACACUCGCAACCGAAUUCGGACUACAAGUCCUGGGAGCUUAUACCAUGGGACGUGUUGUUGACUAUGGACGCAAAACACACAAGGUUUACACAAACACGAAGGCUUUUCAGGGAUUCCCCUUUCGGGACGCCGCUUUACUCAUGUAUCGAGGUCCUUUAGUCUGGCUUAUUUUCGCUGUGGUGGGCUUUCUACCUCUCCUUUGGUCUGUUGCUGGUAUUAACGAUCGAAUUUCCACCAUCAGUCAACUUCGCCCCAAACGAAAGGCUCGGUCAGGAAAGAAGUCUUGCACAAAGGCGGUAUCAGCUGUGAAACUCAAAAUGACGGACACCGAUUUGAGCACGAACUUUCCACAACUACACUGCACGUCGGUUCAGACCAUCGCCAACCAGUGGUCUUCCCUUGCCAAAGAAUGGGAGCAGCUACAUGGCUACUUGAAUAGGCACUCUUUGGCCCUGCGCGCGGCGAGUAGACAAAAUGACAGAAUGCGACGACGGCAACAUGAAUCGAGCGAAAUGUAUAUCCGAGCGGUGGUUGCGGAGAAUGCAGAAUCAACCUUAACUGAGAGUGCUAAUUCUAUACCUACAGCUCGCGAACGGAAAGCACAAGAGAAUGCUGCUGCGGUUAAAAUUUGCGCUAGCUCUAUUUGCCUACAGCUCAAUCAAAUAGAGAGACGGUGGGAAAAUGCGUCUCGGGAGUUGGGAGAGUGGACGAAACAGCUGGCAUUUUUGGACUGCGAAAUCGAAUUCUUGAUAGAGCAAGCUCAGGCACACGCCCAAUCAUCAUCACUUAUGCAGCAACUUCCUCGAGAUUUUCCUCGGUAUCAGAAAGAAGCGAUGGGGAGGGCGCCUUUGAUAAGAUCACUCGGCAAUGACGAAGCGUGGCGGAUUCAGCAGCUUCAGGAAGACAGACCUUCAGACUACGCUGCAAUUGUGCAAGAUAUCUCUCAUCUAGUUGGAGACUGUGGACAGGAGAAUACAAGUGGAGGAAUAGCUUCACGGUGGAGACGGAGAUUUUGCACCAAGAGAUAA